AUGCGCUUGAACCUGCAACUGCGAAGGCUGGAGGAGGAGCUCACGGCUUCGCGGCGGAACGAGCAGCAGAGCGCUGAGAGGCUGCUGGACGCGGAGCAUCAGAUUUUGGAGCUCCGCUUCGAUCGAGAGCAGGGUCAGCACCGAAGCUCUCGCUUGGAGACCCGCAUCCUGGAGUUGGAGCUCGCCGAACAAGAGCCCAGGCGUGCGGAAGGCCCGCCAGCGGCCAUGGCCUCCAAGCUCCAGAGCCGCAAGGAGCGAAAUCUGGAGAACGUCAUCGAGGGCCUCGGGCGGGUGAUUCACCAGCAGAAGGGGGACCUCCAGCGUUUAAGAGUCGAGCUCGAAAGGCGACCUGAACGGAAAGGAGAGAUGGAGAAACUGCGACGGAGGGUGACUUGGCGGCGUGAAGUGGGAGGGCCAGCGGCUUGGUGGACGAGCUUCGUCAAGCCUUGA